AUGUCAACCCUUAAAGAGCCUUUAAGAGGCAAACACGACAUCGAAGACCAAUCAUCAUCAGGUGAAUUCGGAGUCGAUAAAUAGACCUUAAGUGAUUUAUUCUAGCCAGAUAAUAUCAGAGAUGGGCAUUCACUUUAAAAAGUAGAAGAACUCGGAGGUGUUGAUGGUAUCAGUAGAAAAUUGAAAACUAGUCCUAAGUAAGGUAUUGAGACCACAAAAACUGCACUUAAGUCAAGAAUCUAAGCAUUUGGUGAAAAUGAAAAUAUUGUUAAACCUCCAAAGAGUUUUUGGGAAUUGGUAGUUGGAUGCUUCGAAGAAGAAAUUCUUAGAAUUUUAUGUGCUGCUGCAUUAGUAUCACUUAUCAUUGGUUGCAUUAAAGAAGGUAUUGCAGAAGGAUGGAUUGAUGGUAUGGCUAUUUUUGUAGCUGUUUUCCUGAUUGUUAGUAUUACAUCAACAAACGAUUAUAUGAAAGACAAGUAAUUCAGAAAAUUAAAUGAAUAAGCUGUGUAGAGAGACGUAGGAGUUAUUAGAAAUGGUGAAGUAGUUCAUGUUUCUAUUUUCUCACUCUUAGUUGGUGACAUAAUGCAUAUUGAAACAGGUGAUAUUUUACCAGUAGACGGAUUUCUUAUUAAGGGAAAUAACUUAGUUAGUGAUGAAUCCAGUAUAACAGGUGAAACUGAUCCUAUUAAAAAGUACGCUAUUGGGGAACCUGGUAAAUCUGCUAGGCCUUUCUUGAUUGCAGGUUCUAAGAUAGUAGAAGGCAGUGGUGAAAUGAUUGUAAUGGCUGUUGGCUAAUGCAGUAGCGUUGGAAAAUAGCAUGCUCUCAUGAACGAAGAAGAGGAGGAAGAUAAAAAAACUCCUUUACAAGUCAAAUUGAAUGUGUUAGUAGAUUAAAUUGGUAAAAUUGGUCUUUAUUGUGCAGGUUUAACUUUUCUUGCUAUGCUUGUCAAUUUAAUUAUUUCCGUCAUUUAUAGCGAAGAUCCUGAGGCAUCUUUGUUUACUCUUGAUAAUCUUUCAUAAGUAGUUGAUUUCUUUAUUAUUUCAGUUGCUAUAAUUGUUAUGGCUAUUCCUGAAGGUCUUCCAUUAGCUGUCACAAUUUCCUUAGCUUUUGCUGUUGGCAAGAUGAAAGACGAAAACAAUCUUGUUAGAACACUUGAAUCUUGUGAAACAAUGGGUGGUGCUGAUACUAUCUGCAGUGACAAGACUGGUACUCUUACUGAAAACAGAAUGAAAGUUAAGAAAUUAUUCGCUCUUGAAGAAGUUUAAAGCGAGUUUGAUAACAAAAGCUAUUCUUCUAAUUUCACCUAGAUUCUCACUGAAGGAUUAUGUGUGAAUUCUAAUGCUUUCCCAACAGUAGAUAAAAAUGGUAACUUUUCGCAAAAUGGAAAUAAGACUGAAUGUGCUCUUUUAGAAUUAGCUUAUCAAUUCGAUGUAGACUAUAGAAAUUAUAGACCUUCAGAUAAUAUUAUUAAAGUGAUUCCCUUCUCAUCUGACAGAAAGAGAAUGACAACCGUUUACUAGCCUAAAGAAGGAAAUAAAAAUAUUUUAAGAGUCUACACUAAGGGUGCUCCUGAUAUUAUUCUUGACUUCUGCAAGAAAUUCAUUAACAGAAAUGGCCAAGUUGAAACAAUUAACGAAGAUUUCUUAAUUAAGAUUAAGGAAAUCUAAAAGAAGUUUGCCAAUGACUGUUUGAGAACUUUGCUCUUAACUUAUAAGGAAAUUCCUUUAGUGAAAGUUGAUUAGAUUCCAGAAGAUAAAUAACUUGAAAGCGAUUUAAUCAUUUUAGGUAUGGUUGGUAUCCAAGAUCCUUUAAGAAAAGGUAUUCGUUAAGCAGUUUAAACAUGCAAAGAAGCUGGAGUCACUGUCAGAAUGGUCACUGGUGACAAUUUAGACACAGCCAUUGCUAUUUCCAAGGAAGCUGGUAUCAUAGAUUAAGAUUUUAACCCUAAAGAUAAUGUUUACACUGUUAUGGAAGGAAAGCGUUUUAGAGAAAAAGUUGGUGGUCUUAGGGAAGUAAGAGGUGAAGAUGGUAAAAUUAUUAGAUACGACAUAGGUAAUUUAGAUGUCUUUAGAGAGAUUAAGCCUCAUUUAAGAGUUUUAGCAAGAAGCACACCUGAUGACAAAUUCUUAUUAGUAACUGGUUUGCAAAAAUGCGGUUCCGUAGUUGCAGUCACAGGUGAUGGCACAAACGAUGCACCUGCUCUUAAAAAAGCUGAUAUUGGUUUUGCUAUGGGUAUUGCAGGUACAGAAGUAGCAAAGGAAGCAGCAGGAAUUAUUUUGAUUGAUGACAAUUUCUCAAGCACAAUUACUGCAAUAAAAUGGGGUAGAAACAUUUUCGAUUGUAUUAGAAAGUUCUUAUAAUUCUAGCUUACAAUUAACGUUGUUGCUUUAUUCAUGGCAUUCAUGGGUGGUGUUGUUAUUAGAGAAUCACCUUUAAAUACAGUCCAAAUGCUUUGGGUUAAUCUUAUUAUGGAUACUUUUGCUGCUUUGGCAUUAGCUACUGAACCCCCUAAUAAUGAGUUACUUAAGAGAAAGCCAGUUAAGCGUCACGAAGUUAUUAUAACUCCUACCAUGUGGAAUAACAUUAUUGUUUAAGGUAUUUACCAAAUUUUAGUUUUAACAGUCGUACUUUUCUAUGGUAAUGAAAUAUUUGGUGUCUCAUAUGGUCUUGGACAUGAAAAGUGGGAUUAUGAAAAUGGAGUUCAUUUGACUUUAUUCUUCUAAAUAUUCGUCUUCUUUUAAGUUUUCAAUGAAAUUAAUGCUAGAAAACUCAAAGCUACUGAAAUCAAUCCAUUCGCAGGAUUCUUCAAUAACCCUAUGUUCCUCGUUAUCCUUGUUACUACAGUAGUAGUUUAAAUGGCUCUUGUCGAAUAUGGUGGAAGAGCUGUAAGAUGUUCACCUUUGACAACUGAAUAAAAUAUUCAUUGUCUUUUGAUCAGUGCAUCUUCUUUAGUUGUUGGAUUUUUAGCCAAGUUCACUCCUCCAUCUCUAGAAGCCUUAUUUAAUCGCUUAAACCCUUUUAGAGAAGGAGCUCCCUCCGAAGUAGAAACUGUAGGAAGCUUAAAGGAUGUUUUCGUUAGACCUUCACUUCUCAAACAACGUAGUUCAGUAAGAAAUUCCUUUACUCAAAGAAUUUCAGUCAGAGGUUCACAAAGAAAACCUCCAAGUGAAAACAAGCCAAUUGAAAUGCAAAGAUACAAUUGA